AUGAAGCUGGGGUGUUCUCGGUUUCUUCUUUCUUGCCAUGUUCUUCUCUGCCUUUCGGCGAUUUGGGUCCUGGCCAUGGCGGAUGUACCGGCAGGCCAGCGUCCCGGCUGCCCGGCCAAGUGCGGGGACGUCGACAUCCCAUUCCCGUUCGGCAUCGGCGACAAGUGCGCUUUGCACAGCGGCUUUAACCUCAGCUGCACGAACACGUCUGUGGAUGGCGUCAAGAAGCCUCUUAAGGGGAAUAUCGAGGUGACUAAGAUCAUUUUGCCUGAGGCCAAGGUCCGAAUGAAUACCAGGGCGAUCUCGUCGCAGUGCUAUGACCCAGCCACUAGAAGUAUGAACUACAUUGACUUUGGGCUGAACCUCACCGAUUCACCUUUCUGGAUAUCCGAGGUGGAUAACAAAAUUAUUGUCAUCGGGUGCAAUACUCUCGCUUAUAUGACAAGCUCUACUUAUGUAAUAGGUUGCCGUUCAACAUGCAAGAACGUCACCCUCGAGAACGGCAAAUGCUCUGGUGCUGGCUGCUGCCAAGCCGAUGUCCCAAAAGGCAUACAGUAUUAUCGUGGCUAUUUCAACGAAAACUACAACACUUCUACCUGGCCAGACAACCCUUGCAGCUACGUGACAUUGAUGGAAAAGGCAGCUUUCAGUUUCAACACCAGCUAUGUGAGAUCAAAUUCUUCAGUGUUCGAUGAGACAUCCAAUGGGGUAGUUCCAAUUGUCCUGGACUGGAAAAUAGAUGCUCACGCUUGCGAGGAAGCUAAGAACACGAGUUCUUACGCAUGUGUUAGCAGCAACAGUGUGUGUGUGAAUGCCACCACCAUCGAGCCAGGUUACCUCUGCAAUUGCUCCGAUGGGUACAGAGGUAACCCAUACAUCACGGACGGAUGCCAAGAUAUUAAUGAGUGCCUUGAAAAUGCUAAUGCUUGUGGCAAUGGGAUCUGUGAGAACACGCCGGGGAAUCACACCUGCUCAUGCAACCCAGGAAGUUCCAUGGUGAAUGAUGUUUGCGUUGAAAAGCCUUCCCGUUUUCCGGUGAUGCCUGUUGUAGGUGCAAGUGUUGGAGUAGUCGUCUUUGUGGUUGCUUUAGCAUGUGCAUGCAUGAUCCAAGAGAGAAGAAAGCUACAGAAAAUGAAACGAGACUACUUUCGGCAGCACGGUGGUCUAAUAUUAUUUGAUGAGAUGAGGUCAAAGCAAGGUAUUGCAUUCAAAAUCUUCACGGAAGAAGAACUGCAGCAAGCCACGAACAGGUUUAGUGAGCAACAAGUACUUGGUCAAGGGGGCUAUGGAACCGUGUACAAGGGGAUUCUUAAGGGCGACGUGGAAGUAGCGGUGAAGAGAUGCAAGACCAUUGACGAGCAACAAAAAAAAGAAUUUGGUAAAGAGAUGCUAAUCUUGUCCCAGGUCAACCAUAGAAACAUUGUGAAGCUCCUCGGGUGUUGCCUCGAAGUGGAAGUCCCCAUGCUGGUCUACGAGUUCGUCCCAAACGGCACCCUCUUCCAGCUUAUACACGGUAACCAUGGCAUGCGUAUCUCCCUGGCUACUCGCUUGGGGAUCGCCCACGAGUCCGCCGACGCGAUUGCCUACCUCCACUCAUCGGCUUCGACGCCGAUCCUCCACGGCGAUAUCAAGUCCCCCAACAUUCUUCUUGACAUGGACCACCAAGCUAAAGUUUCUGACUUUGGCGCCUCCAUCCUGGCACCAACUGAUAAGUCACAAUUCAUCACACUGGUACAUGGAACAUGCGGGUACCUUGACCCGGAGUACAUGCAAACCAACCUGCUAACGGACAAGAGCGACGUGUACAGCUUUGGGGUUGUUUUGUUGGAGCUACUCACGGCCAAAUUGCCAUUUAAUUUUAAUCCGGAUGUCCCUGCCCACGAGAAGAGCCUAUCAAUGAUGUUUAUGUAUGCCAUGAAGGAGAAUAAGCUCGAUCAAAUCUUGGAUGUUGAGAUCAAGGAUGGGGAUAACACAGAGAUUAUUGAAGAGAUCGCGGAGCUAGCGAUGCGAUGCUUAGAGAUGUGUGGUGACAAUAGGCCAUCGAUGAAGGAAGUUGCGGAGAAGCUUGAUAGUCUGAGGAAGGUGAUGCAACAUCCAUGGGUACAGCGGAACCCUGAAGAGAUGGAAUGCCUACUUGGAGAGCCCUCAUCGAUGGCCAGCUCGGCAAUAACCAGUGCCGAAUAUUUCAGCAUCGAGAAGAAAGUUGUUAAUGAUCUGCAGUCAGGUCGUUAA